AUGGAGUUAAUUGAUCCCGUAGUCCCCUAUGGUGACCGAGAGGUGCAAGAGGCUUUGCGACUGCUCGAGGAGCCCAUCAUCGUAUUUGGUGAAACAAUGUCAGAGCGUCGGCAACGUCUACGCAAGCACAUGGUGGAAAAGGGAUACGGAAGCUUGGAUGCAGUCCGCGGGAUACAACAUUAUUCAGGCUUCACUGCUGCAGCUGCGGCAACUCCGCGUGUUGGCAGAAUGAUUUCUGGUGCGGUUGAAGCAGGGGGAAAACUUUCCGAUGCGCCAUCAGAACUCGUCAAGAAGCGUGUGGCCCUACUUCCUGUUACGCUGGAGCGGGCGGAACGGCGGAUCGCAAAACUAAAGGAGGCGUUUGUUGCACCCACUGCCGUUCGUGCCGCGCACCACUCGAUGGUUGAUCGGCUGCGCGGCCUCCGCUUAACGAAGUCAGUUCGCAACGUGAAAGUUGUUAGACAACGUGAUGGGCCGUCGACAUCUGAAUCUGCGUCUAUUUCAGAAUUCUUUUGCAUGCCCUUCACCUGCUGCGCGGCAGUCCCAGCGUUGGAUCAUAUCGCGGUAACUGGUGCCGUGAACGGUGUCGUAACGAUGUGGAGUGCUUCAACUUGUCGUGCUCUUGGAAGUGGAUCCACGUGUGAGACUGGCUGGGGGCCAGUGCGGCAUCUUGCGGCGCAUCCCAUUCAGCCACUCUUUUUUAGCACAACAAUGUUCGACUCGCGCAUCGCAAUGUGGCGCAUUUCCACGCAACCCCUGGACGAUACGAGUAACGCAGGUGAAAGUGGCUCCAGCGUGGCCGGUGCUAAUGGUGGAACAGGUGCAGUUGCAGACACCAACUUGUUCCUCAAGCGAGUGGCGCUAAGUAGCUCGAAACAUACAGCAGGUAUUAACCGAAUCGCAGUGGACCCCACUGGUGUUUGGCUUGCUUCUGCAAGUGAUGACACCACUGUGCGCUUGUGGGACAUCAAUAACGACACCCCACUUCUUCCGCUGGUUUCUCACAACGGAUAUGAAGAUGUGUGUGGUAUCCUUGAUGUGCGGUUUCAUCCAGACUCAUCACUUUUAGCUACAGCUGACAAAGCAGGGCGCGUAGUUGCGUGGGAUCUAAGGAGCGGGGCGGUCUCCUUCACCGCGGCUGGGAAACACGGCGGUCAUUUGCAAGCCUGUACAUGUCUUUCAUGGUCGCUGUGCGGUUUUCGGUUCGCUACGGGUGGUGCCGACAACAAUGUGCACGUCUGGGAUGCGCGUUACCUGUGUCGCGGAGCGGCCGGAGCCCCAUGCAUACUGGCGGGUCACGACGACGUCGUCACAUCCGUGGAGUUCUGCAGAAACCCCAGCUUCCCAGCCGUUCCAGCCGCACUCGUUUCCACAUCUCUCGACGGAACGGUAAGAUUAUGGGAUAUGAAUGCCACGGGUGCAAGUGUGCAGGUGUUGCGAGGGCCUUCUCCCGUUCGUGGACAGUGUUGGCCCGCAGAAGGGGGGCAAACGGGGGAAACGUUGUUUACCGUAGCCCAUAGUAAGUACUGGUCGUUGUGGAGUUGUGUUGCGGAUGGGGAGAGUUGCGAAGUCACUCGCAGAGAGACAGAGGACACUGUUGUCUCGGAGGUGGUGACACUGUUAAGGGACGACGUCGUGACGAGUGGCUUCAGAGAAGAGGAAGGCGAUGGGGAUGACGAAGAGGAAGAGGAAGACGAGAUGAUGGCAUUGCGAAAACAUAAUAAGACAGCCACUGGGGAAAGUUGUUUGGCCCCCAACAAUGGUGAUGAAUGUGCCCACGAAAGCACCGAUGAUGAUGAGGAUGAAAUGCAACUACUGAAGAGAAAGUAA